UUCCUCUACUUUCAAAGAAGACAGUGAUGACUGAUGAAGGUUGAAAAUACCAGCCAUCAGGAUUUUGAGGGUGUCCAGGGUCGCCAAUAGAUAGCAGGAGUGAGCCCUUUGUGGGAGGUUGUAGUGGACUAGCACCGAUCAGUGAGCCAGCUGCCAACGAGGUGUCUGACACCCUUAUUUUGUUCACCACCUCCAUAACCAGCUCUGCUUCUAAAUGGUUUCAGAUCAACACUUUCAUUGAUCCAGAAACAAAAGCAAGGCAAAGUUGGAGGGGGAAAGAAACAUGGAAAAAGACAUUUUAGCUCACAUGGAGGCUCUGACGACCCAGGCAAAGGACACAGACUCAGCUGCCGCCUACAAGGGAGCCCCGCCUGCCAUUCAAACCGUACUCGAAGAUGCUAAUCUUGAUGCAAGUAGUGGGGGAAAUGUGGGGCAGGAAAGCAUGGGUCCAAGAGAGGGUGAUGAGGUGGAAAAAAUGUCCAACCUCAGUCUGUGUCAGGAUAUGGAAGCUGAGGCCCCACGACCACAGGCAGCUCCCGAUCACGCUAUAGGGCAGAGGGCUAACAUCAGGGGAUGCACAGGGAAGAAAAACAGCCGUAAAAGGAGGAAUAGGAAGGAAAGAAAGAUGGUGUAUCUUCCUUGUCCUCUGACGCUGCGGACUCGAGCAUCUUCGGCAGCCCCAGUUCUGGGUCACGCUCCUGUCCUGGGGCCUCUGUUAGAGGAUGUCAGUGUGGAGGGUGAAACCUGGGAGCAAAGGGAGAAUGGUGAGGGUAAAAAGGCAUCCAUUCUCAGUCAGUCUCGGAUGGCACUGGCUGGUGCCCUGUUGCCAGCAGCAAGUCCAACUCAGUCCUAUGCUGAGUGGAACUCUCUGGUGGACAACCAGGAGAUAAAAGUAGGGCAGGAAAACAGCCAUAAAGGGAGAAAUAAAAAGAAGAUCAUGUGUAGCCCCUGGCCUCUUACGGUACAGGCUUGGGCAUCUUACACGGACCCAGGUCCAUUACCCACAGCUCCGUUACCCACAGCUCCUGCUGGGGCUUCAGCAGUUGCUGAUGAUGGAGUCAACACCGGGCUUCGAAGCAGGGAUCGAAAGGAGGAGAAAGAUAAAAUGUCACUGGUUACUUCUUAUCAGAGUGCUCAGGCUGGCAGCCCAUGCUCAGAUGUGGCAUCGCGCCAUGGCCCACUGGAGGAGGUUUCCUUUGCUAAAGAUGGGUUGAAUGUAGGGGAGAAAAGUGGGUGUACGAAGAGGGAUAGAAAAGACCAAAGCGUCUUGUCUCCUUCUCGGCCUCUGACAGUCCAAGCUGGGACCUCAUUCAGAGCCAAAGAUGGGGUUCAGACUCUCUUGCAGGGUGAGUCUUCCAUGGCAAGCGUAAGGAUGAAUAUGGGCCAGAAAGGCUGGCCUCAAGUGGGGAAUGGUAAGGAAGAAGCAAAGUCCAUUCUUCCUUGCCCUGUGAGGGUCCAGGCAGAUGCCUCCUUCGCAGCCAAAGCUCUGGGGCAGGAUUCAUUUGAGGGGACUUCUGCUCUGGAAGACCGAUUUUCCAGGCUGAGUCAAAGCAAGAGGGGGCCCCAGCAGGGAGAGGAGAGCCAAGUGCAGAGCAGUACAUAGAUUUCUCUGGAACCUUCCCAGGAUUGGAGAAAUACAGAGAGAUGCCCAGGGGAUAAAGAUUUGUGGGAGUGCGUGGUGAUGAAUUUUGCUAGGCAAGUUGACGGUUAAUGUGGGGAGCUCUGCUCUCAAGAGAGGAUAGAAACUUUGACCCUGACCAAAACCCACACCCACAGGAGUUCUUCAGUGAUGGGGAGGCAGGGACAAUGGAGGGAGAGGGCUGAAUAUCAGAUUCCCUGGAUGGGGAAAUGGGAAGAUUUCUAAGAUGCAGGAGAGAAAAGAAAGAAAAUAAGAAGACUCUGGGCCUUGGAAGUGUGACCAUCUGUCUCUGCUCAGGAGAAAGAUGGGUUUAAAAUGCUACUCUGAAGAAAGAGAGGCUCACUACACAAAUGGUCUAUCUUAUCCUGUUAUACUGUAUCAUCGCAAUCCAUCUCUUGAUGGGAGAUUGCUCGCCUAAAUAAGUUUUAAGUUUACAGGUAGUAGAUGCUAUAUGGUUGGCACAUACAGGCUAAUGUUUUAGAAAAGCAAAAGUCCUUAUGCUGUCUAUCCUUUUUCCUGUAAGAUUUUUCACAUCCUUGGGAGAGGUCUGUUGCUUAUGGCUGGGAAAUGGUGUUAUGAGUCUAGAGUGUAAACCAAGGACAGAAUGUGUAUUGUAUCCUAAGAACACUACUCUUGACUGGGAAAUGUUACUGCAUGUUGCAUAUUAGAUUGUAAAUUGCCUUCAUGAUUGCAGGGAGCUCCUGGACUGGCUGGUUUAUAAGCACUGAGAGUGCAGACUCUAGAGUCACAAUGCCUGGGUUCAAACCCCAGCUUUGACACUCACCCUCUGUGUUCCUCUGAGCAACUCACUCCUGUCUUCUGGCUCCCAGGUUCUGCUUCUAUCACCUGGCAAUAAUAAUAACCCCUGCCUUGUAGAAUUGCAUGAGGAUUAAAUGAGUUAAUACAUGUGAAGCCUUUAGAAGAGUACUUUGCAAAUAAUAAGCCGCCAAACGACAUCAGCUAUUAUUACUUUAUCUUGCAGCAUUAAAUUUCAUGGAAGGGCCUGGCAUUAGCAGGGCCUGGCCUUUAAUUAUGUGUCUUACAAGUUAUACAAACAGCAAUGUAAACGUAAGACAGAAGAUGAUUCCUGCACUUAAAAAAUCAUGGUAACAACAAUUCUUAAAGCCAUGGACAUGCUGUUUAAGAAGGAAACAAGUGAUAAAAUAGUAGCUAUGAUUUUGAAGUGGUAGGAUUUCAACCAUGUCAAGAAAAAUUGCUGCAAUAAACU